AAGGCCUUCCCGAGUCGGAUCGAAGGCUCUGCCGCUCCGCUUGACUCUGGACCGUCCAGCUGUUCUAGGACCCAUCAAGAUAUUCGCCGUGACGAUGUCUGGUGGAAAAGGAGGAGCCUGUAAUGGGUGUGCGAACCUGCUGGAUUUCAACAAAACCGCCAAAAUCCGAAAGGUGAUCGACGAUGCUCGCGAGAAGGGAUCCACGGAGAUCGAUCUCAAGGAAAAGAAUAUCCACCGCUUUGAAGAGAUUCCAGGAAUCUUCAACAUGGAAUGGAUUACGGGGCUAUCCCUAGCCCACAACAACUUGAAAACGGUGCCAGCUUCUAUAUCGAACCUCUAUAAUUUGGAAUACCUCAACAUGUACAACAAUCACCUGGAAGAGCUCCCUUCGACAAUCAGCACUCUGCCGAAGCUGAAAAUACUCAUACUGGCGAUGAACAGAUUAUCCGUUUUGCCCCGCGGAUUCGGCGGCUUCGCCGUCCUGGAAGUCCUCGAUUUGUCCUACAAUAACUUGAAUGAGGCAUCGUUGCCGAAUAACUUUUGGAGCAUGACGACCUUGCGAGCCCUCUAUCUGAGCGACAACGACUUCGAAACGAUUCCUUCAGAGGUCGGAAACCUAACAGAUAUACAAAUUCUCUCAUUCCGUGAGAACGACGUCGUGAGUAUUCCACGAGAAAUCGGAAGUUUCGGCAGACUCCGUGAGCUUCAUCUGCAGGGAAACCGAUUGACCCUCAUCCCUCCGGAGUUGGGUCAACUCGAUUUGGUCACUCAGCGGUGUAUAAUCCGACUUGAGAACAAUCCUUGGAUACAGCCGAUCGCGGAUCAACUCGAAGUCGGGGUUUCACAUGUGAUUGAUUUCAUCCGCACCGAUCAGUACCGCUACAUUUACGAGAAGCAGCUCCAGCAAGGAACGACUGCUCCUCCCAAAACCAAUGACAAAUCAAAGAAAAUCUCACGGAGAACAAGUUGAGCCCGGGAAUGAGUUCCACAUACAUAUGUUCCGAAAGUGCCUUCGUAUUCAGCGUUGUCCUUCAAUUUGUUGCACUCACUCUGGCAUCACAUCCACUGCUUGAUUAAAACCGACUCACAAGACUGAGAUGCCAAGGAAACGAGUCAUUCAAGGCGCUAAUUUCGGUGAGGGACCUGAUUUUCUCCGGGAAGCCGAACUGUGCGUCCUGCUGUUAUCCGAACCUAUUUAUGAACAGUGCCGCGCUGUAUGUUCUAUGGCGUCCGUUGUUCGAGGUGAAUGGUUCUGUUCUUUGUAUAGACGCAAUGAGGUGUCUGAGACUCGCCAUUGUUAAUCCAUUCUAACUGUAAUUGUCGAGGAAUUGAGAAGUAACGCAAUCCAUAUCACAAACCAUAUCAGCUGGAGAUGUUUAUGGAGAACUUGAUAGUUUAAGCAUGUUAGCAAAAUAUGGGCAACAUCAAGAGGAGAGGAAUAAAUCUCUGAGGAUGCUGCGAGCGACAGCAUGUGAUCUAUUAUCUCUUCAUCUUUCUCAAUUUUUACUGCUAGCAUGAGAGACAGAGUCGCGUGCCCCGUCAGACUCGCAGCUGACCAUAUUAGAAACACCCAUGUUCCAAGUUCUGGUUCGAUACCACUAGGACCGGCGAGAGCCGCUCCCAACCAUAGAUACAGCAUAUAAUCAUCUUCUGCUACCUUUGUUCAAAAAUAUUGCUUGCUCGCGGGACUCCGAUCCCGAGUCGAGCAUAACCUACGUAUAUUACAAUAUGAGACUUCAUUCAGAAUGAGAAUCAUCGACGUCUGUCAAAUACUUUGUCGAGGAUCAACAACUUCGUGUGAAGGAGGCACAAGGAGAUCGAACACCUCACUGCAGCAUCGUUCACAGCGACCGUAUCCAAAAUAAUUUGCUCCCCA